CCUGGGUUUCCGCCUCCUCCUCGUUCUCCGGUUCCUCCUCGCAGCCCUGGGGGUUUCCUCUCGGCACCACUGUGUUGGCAGCAUCUGAAGAUGGAUGAGAUAAUCCCCUUGUUCUUUCCUCUCAUAGACUUCCAGAAUGGAUGAGAACUCAAACGAGCCUCCCACAUCUGCUCUCCUCUUAGAGAGCUGCCACUUCUCCCAGGUUGUCUUUAACAACGUGGAGAAGUUUUAUGUUCCUGGAGGAGACAUAACCUGUUACUACACCCUGACACAGAACAUCUUGCCUCGUGGGAAGGACUGGGUGGGCAUCUUCAGGGUGGGCUGGAAAACAACCCGGGAAUAUUACACCUUCAUGUGGGCUCCUCUGCCCAGUGACAUCCCCAGUGACACCACUGUGCAGCAGCAGAUCCAGUUCAAGGCUUACUACCUACCCAAAGAUGAUGAGUACUACCAGUUCUGCUACGUUGACCAGGAUGGGUUGGUCCGGGGAGCCAGUGUGCCCUUCCAGUUCAGAGCAGAGACUGAGGAUGAUAUCCUGGUGGUUACCACACAGGGAGAAGUGGAAGAAAUUGAAAUACAAAACAAAAAUUUACGUGAAGAAAAUGAGGAGCUGAAAGCAAGUUGUGCAAGUCUGCAGAAACAGAACAUGGAUCUGCAGGAGGAGAUCAAGAACAAACAGGAGCUGCAGAAAAAAUUGGAGUCCCUAAGGAGCAACACAGAGAAACUGGAGCAGGAGCUGAAUUCCCUGAAAAAGGAAAAUAAACAUCUAAAGGAGCUGGGGGACUGCAGAGAGGCAGAACUGCACCAACUCAAAGAGCAAAUUCAGAACAUGACCUCUGACAAGGAAUACCUGGAAACCAGAAUGAAAACAGUCCUGGAUCACAUGGACCAGCUGCAGUCUCAAGUAUCAAACUAUGAGAAAGAAGUGGAAAAUCUGUCUCGUAUGGACCAUGCCAAGACAGAGCAGCUUGAAAGUUUAAAGGAAGAGAAUCACCAGUUACAUCAACAAAACUGUGACUUGAUGAAAGACCUUGAGGAGCAGAAGUGUUUGUUUCAGAUUCUGGAGGUGAAAAAGAAGGAAGCCGAUGAGGAAAAUCAGAAACUACAGGAGAAGCAUGAGGGACUCGUGAGGCAUCUCUCACAGGCCAGAGAGGUUUCUCCCUUCUCUGUUGCUUCACAAGCCCAAGCUCCAAUGCCAGCUCCCAGAGCAGAAGGCCUUCUGUUUGGAAAUCCAUAUUGUGCAGCAGAAGCAAACCUGGGGGCAGGAGCUGCAGGAGCUGCAGACAUAGCUUCUCUAAGGAAGUGCCCCAUGUGUGAUGAAGUAUUUCCUGAAGAAAUUGCAACGAGUCAGUACGAGGCCCAUGUGCAGAGCCAUCUUCUGGAGUGCCCAGUCUGCAGUGAGAGCUUUGACAAGUCCAAAAAGCAGGUGUUUGAUGACCAUGUUUUUUGUCACGGCCUGGAGUAAUUCUGAAUGUCUAUCUGCUCAGUAGAAUAGGCAGCAGAGGCUGCAGUAUAGAAUAGACCAAAAUCACUGUGUAGGUUAAGGCUAACUGUGACACCAGGACUGUCGUUCUGAGCUUUCUGUUCCACACAGCACACGACCAGCACAGAAACAAUUCCAGAUUUCCUCAUCCUGAAACUGUCCUCAAACUCAAGUCCUCUGCCUUGGAUCAAGUGUACACACUUGUGGAAUGAGUUGCAAAUUCUGUGAUUUGUAAUUGAGUUGAUUGUGGUGCCACUUCUCUAACAGGAUUGGCCAUGUACUCAUUCACUCAGAUGGGGACCCAAGUGAUGGGAUGCAGUACAGCAGUUUUCUCUGCUUGGCUGAUCUAUUAUUUUAGAAUGGUUUUAUUGCUUAAGGCAGCACUAUGAUUGCUAACCAAAGACCAGAAACAGGGUAUAACCUUGUAGGAUCACACCUUCAGUGCUGCUCAGCUCCUCAGGUGCAGAACCAAUUAUUAAAAGUCUGAAUAAAAUACAUCUCUUCUUUCACCAUCAGUUGCAAAGCAAGUGAAAGAAAGGUAUUUCUGAAGAGCCAGAGUGUCCUCCUUGCACAGGCAGCACGGCUCAGCCCAGGGUGAGGCAUGAGCACUGCUUGCUGCAUCCAUCACAAAAUGAGGAAAACCUGGGAUUUCUGAGCCAGGGCAGAUUAUUAUGGUGUGGAGCCCACAGGAAAGCAGUGGCUGCUUUGUCUGGGCAGCAGAGAGGAUAACUGGUCUCUCAGGCAGAUAUUGGGCAUCCUCAAUCAGAGCAAAUGGUGAGUUUGAAUUAUUCCUUUUUAUGUUUCUAAACCUUCUUGAUUUAACAAGAAGAGCUUGUUCUCAAACUGAAACAUUGUGAUUCACAACUAAGUGCCUUGGGCUGUUGCAAUGCUUUGUGCACAGAUUAUCCAGUUACUUCUUUUUUACUCUGCUCUGGGAUUUUCAAUUUAUGAUUAACAGUUCUUUUUUUUUUCUGUGCAAACACAAGUGGGUAAAGUUUUAUUAUUCAUCUGCAUUAGGCUCUGUUUCCUGCUGAAUAUCUGAAGAUAUAUCAAAUAUCUAAAGAUAUAUCAAAUCCUAAGAAGUUUACACAGAGUUUUAAGAAUAUUAACAGUAUGUUUUACUGCUUUGAUUCCACACCCAAGCACUCUUUAUCAAUCUAGAUUUAAACAGAAUAUUUCUGACUUGAGUUGUACUAUACUGGCAAGCAUUACUUAAAGAACCUGUUAACAGAAGAUCACCACCAAGAAAAAUAAAAACUAUAUGAAAACAAAAUCUUAAAAAAA